AUGUCUGGCCGUGGCAGAGGUGAUAGAGGCGGCGGAGGCGGCAGAGGUAGAGGUGGAGGCGGAUCCUACGGUCGAGGUGGUGGUGGAGGUUCAUACCAAGGCGGUCGCGGUGGCGGCGGUUCCGGUGCCUCGAGCCUCCCUGUAUACCCUGGUUCAAAUGGAAUCCCAGUCCCCGAUCAGAAUGUCACGAGAGUCGAGGACGCCAUCCAAGCUAGCAAAGCAUCUGUCAACCUCUCAAACCUUAGCCUUACUGACAAUUUCCCCCCUCGGCCUAACUAUGGCACAAAGGGAUCGGGUGUCGUGCUUUGGGCAAACUACUUCGCCCUCGCAGCUUCGCCCAAACUGGUACUUUACCGUUACGACAUAUCGGAAGUCAAACCUGUUGCCGCGGGUAGAAAGAAGGCUCAAAUAAUUCACUUAAUUCUCGAAACACCCCAGUUGUCACCCUUCAAGAGCGAUAUAGUGACAGACUUCAAGUCGACUCUCAUUUCUCGACAGAAGUUUGAAGACCAGGACAUAGUGGUUACAUAUCGAGGAGAAGAUGAAGAUGAUCCUCGCGAUGGUGCUCAACAGUAUACAGUCAAGAUGCAAUUUACCAAUGUCCUAUCGAUUUCUGCGUUAACGGACUUUCUCACAUCUACCAACUUCUCAGCUCACUAUAAUGAGAAGCAACCCACAAUUCAAGGAAUCAAUAUUUUCCUGAAUCACUAUGCGAAAUCCGCCGGGAACCUUGCUACAAUCGGUUCUUCCAAGACUUUCUCUUUAAGCGAGAGAUCCGAUAUCUAUGAUCUCGGUAGUUGUCUGGUAGCUAUGCGUGGUUUCUUCGCUAGUGUUCGUGCGGCGACAGCCCGCAUCCUUGUUAACGUCAAUGUGAGCCAUGGCGCCUUCUACCCUGAGGGCCCACUGGACCAGCUCAUUAUGAAAUUCGGGUCUCAAAGAGGCCUAUUCAAAUUAAGCGAUUUCCUGAAGAUAAGGGUCAAGAGUACCCAUCUGAAGGAAAGACGGAACAAGUCCGGCAAAGUCAUUGAACGAAUCAAAUCCAUCUGUGGUCUUGCCAACAAGAAUGAUGGUUAUAAUAGCCCUCACCCCCCCAUCGUGAAAGCGUUCGGAGCCGGGGCGAAAGAUGUUCAGUUUUGGCUCGAUGAAAAUCCAUCCUCGAAGCCACCGUCUGACGCUACACCCACGGGCAAGAAGAAAGGUGGAAAGGCACCGAAGCCUCAGGGCAAGCCUGGUGCAGCUGGCGGAAAGUACAUCUCUGUUUUUGACCAUUUCCUUACGUCACAUGGAAUUCGUAUAGACAACCCGAACCUACCAGUUGUCAAUGUCGGGAAUAGGGAAAACCCCUCAUAUCUACCCGCCCAAGUCUGCUAUGUUGUACCAGGUCAGCCAGCUAAAACAAAACUUGAUCCGGGCGAGACCCAGAAUAUGAUUCGGUUUGCCGUUCGUAAACCUGUAGAUAAUGCUUUAUCUAUCGUCGGAAAGGGCCGACAGACUGCGGGACUGUCUCCCGAUACAAACCCUCUACUGAAGCAAUAUGACAUUUCCGUAUCUCCUGACCUUGUUACCGUCCACGGUCGUGUUCUCCAGGGGCCGAGAGUUGUCUAUAAACAAAACCAGCCAGCCCAGAUGAUGGCUGGUAGCUGGAACAUGGUGCCCCGUAACUCUGCGAGCCUCAAGUUCCACACUGGAACGGUAUUGGACAAAUGGUCCUGUUUGUAUGUUGACAUGCCUGGAUACCCGAGAACCCAGACAUUCACGUCCGAUGAGCUUAGGGCGCUUGUUAGUAAGCUUCACUUGGUGCUAAUGGACACUGGCAUUGCUGCAAGGCCACCACUUCCGGUACAGCGGGUUGCUUUAAGAGAUACCGAUGAUCCUGGGCUUGAAACCUUCAUGAAACAAGCAGCAUCGUCGUUGAACCUCCUUUUUAUUAUUCUGCCAUCGACCCCCAUUCCUCUGUACUACCGCAUUAAACAGCUCGGCGACGUCAAAUAUGGUAUUCACACCGUCUGUAGUGUCGGCAGUAAGAUUGCUAAGCCCCAGGGGCAAGAUCAAUACUUCCGCAAUUUGGCCCUGAAAGUCAACCUAAAACUGGGUGGCGACAACCAGGUUAUCACUCCUGCCAACCUGGGGAUAAUUGGCGAAAACAAGACCAUGGUAGUCGGUAUCGAUGUGACCCAUCCAUCCCCAGGUUCAAGCAAGCUAGCGCCAAGCGUUGCUGGUAUGGUAGCCAGCAUCGACAACAAGCUCGGACAAUGGCCUGGUAUGCUGCGUAUCCAGAGGGGUCGAGAAGAGAUGGUGAAAGACCUCAAAGACAUGCUCAAGUCACGCCUCCGUCUAUGGCGUGAGAAGGGAAAGCACGCAACACUUCCAGAGAACAUUCUAGUAUAUCGCGAUGGUGUCUCUGAAGGGCAAUAUCAGAAGGUCCUCGACGAGGAGCUACCACUACUGCGUGCUGCAUGUGUAGAGGCGUAUCCGCCCCCGGACCAGAAAAAGGGGCUUCCACGUUUAACCGUGGUUGUAGUUGGCAAGCGUCAUCACACACGGUUCUACCCCACCAAAGAAGCCGAUGCAGACCGCUCGGGCAACACCAAGCCGGGGACUGUUGUAGACCGCGGCGUAACCGAGGCCCGUAGUUGGGACUUCUUCUUACAAGCACACGCAGCACUCCAGGGGACAGCGCGGCCGGGGCAUUAUUUCGUCGUGCUUGAUGAGAUCUUUCGCCAACGAUAUGGCGCCACGGGUGGCAAGUCUAAAACGCCAGGCGCUACGAAGAAUGUAGCCGAUGAACUGCAGGAUCUAACACAAAGCAUGUGCUACGUGUUUGGUCGUGCUACCAAGGCUGUUAGUUACUGUACGCCUGCGUACUAUGCUGAUAUCUUGUGCGAGCGUGCUCGGAACUAUCUUCAUAAUGUGUUUGAUUCCCCGAGCAACUCAGCGGCGCCUUCGAUAUCGGGGAGUACCAGUGGAGCUGGUGCGGGUACCGGACCCUCCCAGCAGGACGUGAAGAUCCAUCCGAAGCUAGAGAAUAGCAUGUUUUACUUGUGA